GAUUUCAGCAUAAUACACUAGCUUACAUUAGAAUGUCUAAAGGAAAAGUUUGUUUGGCUUACUCAGGUGGCUUGGACACCUCGGUCAUUUUGGCCUGGUUAUUGGAAGAAGGUUACGAAGUGGUUGCGUUUUUGGCAAAUAUCGGUCAAGAAGAAGACUUUGAAGAAGCUGAAAAGAAAGCCUUGGCCAUUGGUGCUACCAAGUUUAUUUGUGUUGAUGUCAGAGAACAAUUCGUCAAGGACGUAUGUUUCCCUGCCAUUCAAGCCAACGCCGUCUACGAAAACGUCUAUCUUUUGGGAACCUCAUUGGCUCGUCCAGUAAUUGCUCAGGCCCAAAUUCAAGUGGCUGAACAAGAAGGAUGUAUCGCUGUUUCUCACGGGUGUACCGGUAAGGGUAAUGAUCAGGUCAGAUUCGAAUUGUCGUUCUACGCCUUGAAGCCUGACAUCAAGGUCAUUGCUCCAUGGAGAGACCCUGAAUUUUUCAACAGAUUUGCUGGUAGAAAUGACUUAUUGGAAUAUGCUUCCGAGAAGGGAAUCCCGGUUGCCCAGACCAAGGCCAAACCUUGGUCUACCGACGAGAACUUGGCUCACAUCUCAUUUGAAGCCGGUAUUCUUGAGGACCCCGACACCACUCCUCCAAAAGAUAUGUGGAAGUUGACUGUGGAUCCAACGGAUGCUCCAGACACCCCAGAAACCUUCAGCGUGGUGUUUGACAAAGGUUUACCCGUCAAGUUGGUGGUGGGAAAGAAGGUGUUUACUGACCCAGUGGAAAUCUUCCUUGAAGCCAAUGCUCUUGCCAGAAGAAACGGAGUUGGUAGAAUCGAUAUUGUCGAAAACAGAUUUAUUGGUAUUAAAUCCAGAGGUUGUUACGAAACCCCCGGCCUUACUCUCUUGAGAACUGCUCACAUUGAUAUUGAAGGUUUGACCUUGGACAGAGAAGUCCGUGCUUUGAGAGAUCAAUUUGUCACCAUUUCUUAUGCUAAAAUCUUGUACAACGGUAUGUACUUCACUCCUGAAGGUGAAUACAUUCGUGCAAUGAUUGCUCCUUCCCAAAAGACCGUUAAUGGUGUUGUCAGAGCCAGCUGUUACAAGGGUUCUUUACAAAUCUUGGGUAGAUCUUCUGACACCGAAAAGUUAUACGAUGCCACUGAGUCUUCUAUGGAUGAGUUGACUGGAUUCUCUCCAGAAGAUACCACUGGAUUCAUUGCCAUCCAAGCCAUUCGUAUCAAGAAGUACGGCGAAGCUGCCAGAGAAAAGGGUGAAACGUUGACGUUGUAAGUACAUAACUGCCUCAUAAUAAACAUUAAUCAUUACUAUACCCU